CUUUAAGUCUACGGUGGUCAAUCAUGUCGAAGAAAAUGGCACUGGAACCCCUGCUACUCGAGUCGUUUCCAGUGCCGCCUUCGUUCAUUCCACCGACGCCGACGACCUCCAUUAACCCGCCACCAUCUCGCCCGCCCGCGACACCGCUACCGCCUGUGCCAGGACCAUCUCGCUUCUCUUUUCAAGAUAGCCAACGCAUUCUUGGCGCCCGUGAUGACUCCCUUUCCAGCAUUUCUAUGCAAGACCUUCCUUCAAAUGAUGACGAUAACGAUGGCGGCGACGACGAUCUCAACGCACUAACCACCUCGCGUAUUCUCCCUAGCCCUCACUCGUCAAAGAGCACGUCGACCCACUCAUUCAAGAAAAUCACGCCGACCCGUAGCGCCAAACCUCUAUCAAAAUCUACCCCUGCUAUUCCAGCCAGCAAUCUGGAUAGAGCUAUCUCACCAGACAUCACCACCAUCAUUUCUCGCACACCAAAGCCGAGACGAAGCGCUUCCACCACUUUCUCCCUCCGCUCCACCUCGACAUCCAAGGCUCUGUCAUCGGCCUCGACGAGUAGACGGACUUCCUCACCAAUAGGGCUGCCAUACGACCGAUCCAGUAAGGCAACAACGUGGGAGGAGACAGACUUCAUUGAUGAUUAUGGGGAGUUGGAACGAGAGUUGGAAGGCGAAAGAACCGAUUCGGAUUCCAGCUUGGAUCUGCAUACGCCACUACCCCAUCUCAUGGUAAAACAUGGCCUGCUCUCCCCCAACUCGACACUCUUGCCUGGUGCCCAGUCCAUCAACUCGGUUGAUUCACUGUUGGUGAGUGAGGAUGGCGUCAUGAUGGAUCCACGAGCCAGCAUAGUUAGCGUUGAUACGUCCAAGUCUUCGAUUCUGAAAGAUAAUCGAGAUACUCCCCGACGCAGAGUUCGACACAGAGACGGUAGGCUGUUGAGGGGUGGUAUUGGUUUGACGACAGGCCUAGGCUGGAGCGAUAGCGAAGAUGAAGACGCGCCCUCGGAACUGACAAGGAAAAUAUCGUCGUUGAACUUGUCAUCCUGUCGUCCAUCUUCGACACUCUCUGAGAAGAACCUGCGUACAGUCAGGUCUUCGACUACCAGCCUAAGUUGGCGGUCUACGAUGUCAUCGGGAACGGUGGCGAGAUCUUCUUCCACAAGUUCCUACUACCCACCACCCUCUUCUUUUGGUGUGUCCCUUCCAAGGUCUCGUGGCUCUUCCUCGUCGACCUCGUCAUGCAAUCCACCGCCGGUUUCAUUGCGAGGUUUUGAAAGGGCCUUCCGAGGGGGGCUUAUGAAGGAAGAUGAACUUUACUCGCCUGCGAAGAGCACCACUAGUUCAAGCCCGCCGUCAAUGAAGUCGACUUUCAUUGAUCGCGAUAAAUCGCUGCCUUCCCUGCCUAAUCCCAAAACGGGUUCAAUACGGCGACCGGCAAAGACAGUGACAGUGACACCUCUGCCUGUGAAGGGGGAAGGGGAGGGAGCGCGGAAGAGGACGCAGAGUCUGUUUACGGGCGCGCCGAAAACACUACAUUUGCCUAGAGCCGUGGUUGGACGAGACCGACCUGCCGUUCCCGUUCCGCGCGUCAUGGGCGGGUCGUUGAACAGCAAGCCAAAACCGAGAACAGGGACGGGGAUGGUGUACAGGUCAAGCGGUAUUGCCCUCUAACGCCUUUAUAUUUCAUUUCGCUAUACCGGGUCGGUUUGAUUGAGACUAUCCAUCAUUUUACUCUCUUUCUCUAUUUGUAUUUUUUCGUCAUGGUAUGUAUUGUCGCUGUUAUAUAUCUAACCAACCCUACGUAUACCUUCUACACUUGGAUUCCUUACACUGUUAUAUCCUUCUCGUUCACUCUACUACCACUGUUUUUGUCCCCAGGCUCACAUUCUUUUGUACGUAUAAGCCUAUAUCUAUACGGAACCUGUAAUACUUUCAUAUUCAAGAAUACAUAAACGGAUGGGCUUACUAAGGAGCACUUGCUGUGGCGGCUGAUGGAGUAUCACUUGUAAUUGGUGGCGCAUCACUGUCCUCC